UAAAAACCGGUGCGAGAUUGUCUUUAAUCUUGCUUGCUCUUUCUUUGACUACAACCCUUGUCUCGCAAUGGCCCGAGUCCAGUCUCUUCUCCCUUAGUUUUGCUUAGUACUAUGAGGCUACAGCCGGACAACCCGUAGUUUCUCUCUCAGUGCAGUGCAAUUGCAAGUCAUUAUGGCCGACGAUACCGAAUCUCCAACCUCUUCGGGGGCUCAUCGAACGGAAAAGAAGAGACGGCCCAUCUAUGCUUGUCUUCCAUGUCACAAGCGGAGAGUCAAGUGCGAUCACCUCAAGCCAUGUACACCCUGCUGUCUCCGGGGAACGCCUUCGCAGUGUGAAUUUACCGAGGAAGGCAGCAAUGCACAUAUGCUGCAGUCAGAUCUCAUCAAGAGUCUUACUGAAGAAUGCGCAUACUUGGAAAGUCAGUUAGCCGAACUGGAGUCAUUGGAGCAGCAUUCGUCUGAGACGGCGUGUAAGUAUCGUGUUUACACUCGCUAGCUAUACGAGAUCAAGACAAACUGACAACCCUCAAGAAGGAGAGGCUCUCUUUCUUUUGUUUCGGACUUAGUAUCCAUGGCAUUGGGGUCCUUCUGGCGACUUCUGGCGUCUGGUUUUCGGGUCAUAAGGUGUACGGUUACGGUGCCGGUGCGAUGGGUUUUUGUUAAUGCAUCAUUACGAGACCGGAUUGGGUAUGGUUAUGAGGGUAUAUUUAUGUAUAACUGUUUUUCCUGGGUAGCGUUUAAAUAUUUUUCUUCCUUUUUGUCCUCAAGCAUUUGGUGUUAAGCGAGUACUAUUUACUUCUAGUUUGUUUGGCCCUCGGGACAAUUUAUUGGGAUUUGGUUCUUACUGUAACUGUUCUGUGGCAGAUCAUGGAUGCAAAUCCCAUACCUUCU